CUCCUCCUCACUUCUACUCUAACUAACUAAAUCAUUUUUUUACGACCCAUUAUUGUUUUAUCAUCAUUUUCUCCUUUUCUUCUUCAUUCAAUCUGUGCAAAAAUGUCGACUGAGGGGUCGAGCAAGAAGAGAAGAUCAGGUGGGAAGCAGAAUUCAAGAGCAACUGACCAGCAAAUCAAUGAUCUGCUCUCCAAAUUGAAGUCACUCUUACCAGAGAUUUGUGACAAUAAUGACAAGGUUCCAGCAUCAAAGGUGCUUCAGGAGACAUGCAACUACAUACGGAGCUUACACAGAGAGGUAGAGGGCUUGAGCGAAAAGUUGGCUGAACUCUUAGAAAAUACUGAAAAUGGCAGUGCACAAGCGGCAUUAAUAAGGAGUCUCCUUAGAUGAAACAGAUCUAUGGGUCACUCACACUUUGCAAUUUGUGUUACUUUGUUUCCUAUCAUAUGGAUUUUCAUGGAGCUAUAAAAAGAAUCUAUUUCUCAUCUGGCCAUUGUACUGGUUUGUGAUGUUUUUCAUUAGCAAGUGCCCUUCAGUUUAACUAGUUAGUACAAGUGUUAAGGAAAACACAGAUAUUAGCAUUAAAAAAAUUGUCAAA